AUGGCAAUAAUGUGGUUCGACAGUUUACCUCCAAGAUCAAUCACAAGUUUUGACGUCCUUGCUAAAAAGUUCCUUGCCAGGUUCUCCAUCCAGAAGGAUAAAGCCAAACAUGCUCCAAGCUUGCUGGGAAUUAAACAAGGAGAUCCGGAAAGCCUUCACAGCUACAUGGAAAGAUUCAACAAAGCAUGCCUUGACAUACGAAGUCUUCCAACAGAAGCGGCCAUCAUGGGACUCAUCAGUGGCCUAAGAGAAGGACCUUUCAGCUACUCAAUAUCCAAAAAGUACCCAACAUCUUUAAACAAGGUUCAAGAAAGGGGAGAAAAAUAUAUCAAUAUGGAGGAGAACUCCCGAUUGGGAAACAGCUCAAAAACCGGAUUCUCUUAA